GUUCAGCCUUCAGUUCGCACGGUUCGGCAAGCGGUGUCAAGCUGGAAAGAUAGCGCCAGAUAACACCAACCAACCAAUAUAAUCGGACAUAAUCCCGAGUGCCGAUCGAGAAUUCUUGACGGGCGUACGUGUGUGUGUGUGUGUGUGUGUGAGUGUGUGUGUCAGUCAAGUGUGUGCUUACCAUAAGCAUAUAUGUAUAUAUAUAUGGCAUAUGUAUCAAUCAUUUAAGCAGUGACUUUAAUGCUGUAAUUUCGCCUGAUUGAUGGCUGGACAUGACUCUGGGUCGCGUUUUCCGCGAUGCCUGAAUCUAAAAUCCAGCGAGUUCCUCAGUCCGUAUGAACAUGCUUAAAUUGCCGCAUUUAAUAUCGAAGAAGUGUAUUAGCAGAAUGCUGCAUUGCCGUAGUCGGGCAAUUUAUUGCCGUACCAGCAACUGAAAAUCUUUCGCUGAAAAGAGGAAGCAACCAUCCACCAACCAUUCAUACACCUACACACCACACCCAUUUGGUUGCCUAAUCAUCCUCGUUCCAAUGACAAAUGCAAUGCGGGCGAUUGCUGCAAUCGCAGCAGGAGUGGGUUCAGUGGCCGCCACGGUCGCAACCAGCACCACAAGGUCCAUCAGCAGCAGCACCACCAUCAUCAACACCAGUAGCGCCACCACCAUCGGCGGGAAUCACACCAGUGGGAGCACCGGAUUCUCCACAAAUUCCACGCUGCUGGACGCCGAUCAUCUGCCGCUGCAGCUCACGACCGCCAAGGUGGACCUGGACAUUGAAAUCGACAUCCAACUGCUGACAAAUGGCUACGAUGGCACAACGUUGACAUCGUUCUACAAUGAGAGCAGCUGGACAAAUGCGUCUGAAAUGGAUACAAUAGUUGGUGAGGAACCGGAGCCGCUGUCACUUGUGUCAAUUGUAGUUGUUGGCAUCUUCCUAUCGGUGCUGAUAUUCCUUUCGGUGGCCGGAAACAUCCUGGUGUGCCUGGCCAUCUACACGGAGCGCAGCCUGCGCCGGAUCGGCAAUCUGUUCCUGGCCUCGUUAGCGAUUGCGGAUCUCUUCGUGGCCUCGCUGGUGAUGACCUUCGCCGGUGUCAACGAUUUGCUGGGAUAUUGGAUCUUUGGAGCGCAAUUUUGUGAUACUUGGGUGGCCUUUGAUGUCAUGUGCUCGACGGCGUCAAUUCUGAACCUGUGCGCCAUCUCGAUGGACCGCUACAUUCACAUCAAGGAUCCGCUCAGAUACGGCCGCUGGGUGACACGACGCGUGGCUGUCAUCACCAUCGCCGCCAUUUGGCUGCUGGCCGCGUUCGUCUCCUUUGUGCCCAUCUCGCUGGGCAUCCAUCGGCCCGACCAGCCGCUGAUUUUCGAGGACAAUGGCAAAAAGUAUCCAACAUGCGCCCUGGACCUCACGCCCACCUACGCCGUCGUGUCCAGCUGUAUCAGUUUCUACUUCCCCUGCGUGGUCAUGAUUGGCAUCUACUGUCGGCUAUACUGCUAUGCCCAGAAGCACGUGAAGUCCAUCAAGGCGGUAACUCGACCAGGUGAGGUGGCCGAGAAGCAGCGGUACAAGAGCAUCCGGCGCCCAAAGAACCAGCCCAAGAAGUUCAAGGUGCGCAACCUGCACACCCACAGUUCGCCGUAUCACGUAUCCGACCACAAGGCGGCCGUCACGGUGGGCGUGAUCAUGGGCGUGUUCCUCAUCUGCUGGGUGCCCUUCUUCUGCGUUAACAUCACGGCCGCCUUCUGCAAGACCUGCAUCGGCGGACAGACCUUCAAGAUCCUCACCUGGCUGGGCUACUCGAACUCGGCCUUCAAUCCGAUCAUCUACUCGAUCUUCAACAAGGAGUUCCGCGACGCCUUCAAGCGCAUCCUGACCAUGCGCAAUCCGUGGUGCUGCGCCCAGGAUGUGGGCAACAUUCAUCCGCGGAACAGCGAUCGCUUCAUCACGGACUAUGCCGCCAAGAAUGUGGUGGUGAUGAACUCGGGCCGCUCGAGCGCCGAACUGGAGCAGGUGUCUGCGAUUUGACCAAAAGGCUGUCUGAAUCUCACUGGCGGCGGAGCCACCUGGCUGCCCUGCGGAUUCGGCGGUCUGCGCGUGGACGACGAUGACGAUGGAGCGCUGACCACGCGGUAUGUUCCAUGAGAUUCGGUCACGGCGGCCACCGCCACCAUUGUGGAGACCGUGGAGGCCGCGCAGAUGGAGACGGAGCUGCUCUAGGCCGGCAAAUGGGUUCCUAAAACCAACUCGAUGUCUCACAGUUUAAAUCGUAAGCAAUCCCAGCCCUCUACCCUACUGAUCCAGUGGAUAUGGAAACCUGUAAGUAUUAUCAGCGCGUCCCCGAGACUAAGCAAUCAACUAUGCGUAUACUUAAUCGCACUAGUAUCUAGCUGUAAGUCCCACUAGCAAAAAGAAUAAGAAUCGGAAAAACAAAAUCGAAACCCAACCCGAAACGUGAUUAGGUCUAAGAUCUUCAACCCGGCACCUAAGAGAGCUUCUAGUUAAGUUUCUGUUUGGAUAUUCAUGGCGGUUUGUCUCCAUGCAAAUGCGAUUAUUAUGGAGUGACACAUGUCACUUGCCACAUUUCUCACUCACUCACCCAUCCAAACAAACAAGCAAACACACACACGCACACAACAACAAACCACUCAGAUACAUGCGAAAAAAAGAAAGAAAACGCUGCAUACAUCGCGGCGCCCUCAUAUUCGAACAGCUCUACAUUUGAUUUAUUGAUGAGAAUUUAUGGCCAUUGAACGAACAGGGCUGCCAGCUGCACUCGUAAAUCAUGCAAAAUGAUUAUUGUUGUUAUUAUUAUUACGGGCAGAGAGCAAAAGCUGUAAAAUCCCCAGCCCUUCGACCCAAUAUACUAUAAAUGUUAUGUUUAGUUCGAGUGCCACGAUGAUAGCGCGCGUUUUUACGACCAAACUUUGCAGACUGAUUUGAAUUUAUGCGUUGAAAUCUGUUCCACAAUGUUAAUUAAGCCAACUGUGAUUGACACCGGCAAACAAAAACAUUCGAGACGUUAACCCGAGAAGCCUUUUUGGCUACCGCAACCUGAUCCUCCGAUUACCGGAUGAUUUAAUGAGCGGCACCUGCGAAAACACAGCUAUCAGUCGGCGGAAUAAUGAACAUGUUGCCCCUGGCCCAAUUUCGGUUCCCCCAGUCGACAAGUAUCUUGUCUUCUGGCCCAGAUUCGGGAAAACAAAUGUAAACAGUUUGCUCUUCACGCCACGAUGAAAAAUUAUGCCAGCACGGGGAAAAAAUUAUGCGAUUUAAUACGUUUGGCCAAGGAAAUAAAUCAAUCGAUUACCAGGAAAGGAACUUACUGCUUUUUGAGCGAAGGGUAAUUAAAAAUUAUUUUAAAGAAAUUUGUAAUAUUGAUUUUGAUAAUUAAUUUCUCAAAAUUGGCCUUUAUUUACUCUACAUAGAAUUGUUAACAUUAUAAUACUAUUUUUCAACUGAAUAGAUAGAAAAAAUAGAAGGCAGGUUUAAAAAAUUUAAAAUUCUAGUGCUCUAAAUUAAAAUUAUUAAGUAAUUUAUUUAUAUUUUAAAACGUGUUGCCAAUACGAAAUUUAGGUUUCUUUCGGUGUAAUUCUGUUUCUUAGUUACUCUUACCCCUUUGCCACUCGAGUUUCAAUUCCGGUUAUUUGCGGAUGCCGCAACUCUUGCCAGUGCCAUUCCCUUCCGCUUUUGUUAUUAAUACAAAGUACUUAUGCUGCCUGCCCCACCGGCUUUCCCCCUCGGAUUCAAGGCAAUCCGCUUACAACUUUUCCAGUCUUUGUUUAUUCGAUUCCCUUUCGCGCGCUUUCCUUUUCGUGUUUAUUUUGGCAGUUUAUUAAAACUUUGGUGCUGCUUUCGUCAUUUUAAUUACAAUACACCGAACAAAAGCGAAGCGGCAUUUGUUAUCGAAUGCCACGCCCCUCUUGGACCGCCCACUGGCUCGAAAAGUCGUCAUUGCCACAACUGGCACGCAAUCAAUUCAACUUCAACUCCAUCAACGAUUUCGCACGUGUCGCAGGCUCGCAGUUGAGUAAAGGCUUGAAAUUCGGUCUCUGAGUGCUUUAUGGCACACACGAAAUGGCUCCAUGCCCCGAAGCCCCUUCAUCAUCACCCACACAGCUUACCGAAAGGGGAGCCUGACCCACUUCCCACAUUCCAUUUGGGUUUAUUUGGGGCGCAACCAUUGACUUUGACUUUGGAAUUUGUCGUGGCCUAAAACCCUCCAAAAAAAUGGCAUGAUAAAUGUGCGUGGCUCGGCCAAAAGCCUUAACCCAUUACGUUCCAAAUUUGCCUAUAUUCCAUAUUGAUUGAAUACAUUUUCAAUGCCUGAGCAGAAGAAAGAAAAGUCUUAAAGGGAUUCGAUGAAAGGGAUAUUGCACUUGGUCUGAAACAACCCAAAAUUCGGGCUAGUGGGUAGUUAAUCUUUAAAAACACUUAUUUUUGUCAGCUCAAGUUCUUUAGACACUUUAGGCAUACGCCCAUGGGUUAAGACUUUGGCCAUAACUCUUUCGAUACGGCUUUGCAUAAUUAAGAUAAUGCCCCGGAGCUUUGCUUCUCGUUGUAGAACUUCCUGCUUGUGCCACUUUGUUGCUUCACUUACUUUAUUCCACUUUCCUUCGCAUUCUUUCACUCUUUCUCUCAUCUUUGAUUCGCUGGAAGCAAUUUAGUGAUUGUGACUACUGCUGCGCUUGAAUCCUUUUGUCCCCUGUCAUUGAAAUCCUGUUUCAAAGGCCAUGACUUUUUUAGGGUCUCGGUUUUCGCGAGCAUUAAUUGAAACAUUUGACAUCCUGAAGCUCGACUUUCCCCUAGUUUUUCCUCCGGUUUUCCAGCCUCUGGCUGUCUGCUUCUAAUUGUAUUAGCCAGAUUCAUGUUAGGAGCCUACGUGACCAGCAUGGAGAAGUGGUAUUAUCUGCGUCGUGAUUCUUGGAAAAGAGGAUCCCUGCCAGCCAGGCUGAACAUGUCCUUUCAUUAGCAUAAUCGCUAUAAAAAAAAAUUCUCAACUAGUUGCAGAAAACCCUAUUUGCUUGAAAGUCUCGACUGCGUUUGUUGUCCAUUUGCUGCUUAAACAAAUAGAUUUCUCGUAAUUGCUUUCGCAGUUCAACAAAAACGGGAAAAACCGCACGUACCGAGAAAAUACAAAUUUCUGUCAAUAACAGCAACAAAUAAUUAAAUUUUUUACGCAAACAAUCGCAAUGAAAAACUUACUGUAACGAUGGCGUUGAAUUUAAAAAUAAUACAAUAUGCAUAAUGCAAAUAUAUGGCCACAAUCGAAUGUUUAAGUAAAGCAUUGCAAUUAUAAUGGUGAAAAUUAUUUGACUUUUAGACAGAUUACCAAAUUAAAUGGCCACAAAUGUCAAUUUACUUUGUUUUCCUCCCUCUUGCAAGAUUCCCAACCCUCUUCAAUAUUUUAAGUCGACUGUCUGCCCUUGGAAAAUCAUUGCUGGCUGCAAUCCUUCGGGCUAAUCCAAUGUAUACAUAAUGUAUGUCAUAUAUAUUCAAUUGGCAAUCCUUUAAGCCCCGCUUUAAAAUCUGUUUGUAAAUCUGUUUGGGAUUCCCCGAGUGUUUAACUCGAUUCUGAAGCCGAAAAAGUCAAACGAUGAAUGUCAACAUUUCGCAUAAAUUGCAUGUCGAUUGCCAAUGGGAGCCCGAAAUGGUCGCUUGCCAUUAGGGAAAAGGCCAUUGAUGUUGACUGGUUUAGGCCCGCUCACUCCCUGAUUGAUUGAUUGAUGGAUGGAUGGAUGGAUGGCUGAAUAGCUGGAUAGACGGCUAAAACGAAUUUUGCCGCUUCGCUGGCAUCGUUUCUCAUCUUUUUUGUGUGUGUGGGUUUUACAUUGCCACGCCCUCUAAGCACUGCCAACUAUCAACAGUUGGCCACCAAAAGUUUUCGCAGCUACCUUGUCCUUCUCGCUCGGCUUAACUUUGGCUAUAUUUUGGCAUUUUUAUAACUUUUACGCCUGCCAGUGUUUAUUUUGCUUUACGACUUUCCACAAAUUUUCGCAGUCUCAGCUUACACACUGUCUUCCUUCUGUAUUUCUUCCCUUUUCCUUCUGCCCUUCCACCCAUUCCAAUCUAAAUCUUUUCCUGGCGCGUGUCAUUUUGUAGCCUACUUUCUGGCUGAGCUCGCAUUCCUACGCCGCAUUGUGUAUACGCAACGUAUGCCCGCGAAAACGUUUUAUGGCCGACAUAGCCUGGCGUGCUAAUUUAUACGUUAGAACCGGAUGGGCCCUCAUUUGAUACCACCAGCGGCCCCAGUCACGCCCCAAUGGAUCAUAAAAACACAAUUUUAAUCACAAUUUUUUCUUGGCGCUUACUCCCUGGGAUUUUCGUCUAGGCAAAUUAGCAAAGGCAUUUCGAUAAAUGCAAGGAAGUGCGUGCAUAAAAGUUUCAGUGUUAUUAUUCGCACUCAGAAUAUUUCAGGAAACGUGCUUUAAUUCACAUUUAAAUAUAAACAUAUAAAUAUAGAAUCUAACUAUUGCAUAUAUCAAAAUUGUUCUUAAGCCAGCUAAUACGAUUAAUAACAUUUUCCCUUCAUAUGUGGCUGAACUUGACAUUUAACGUAUAUUGUACAGCUGACAACGCUGCGUAUACGCAAUCUUUGACAUUUGGCAACUUAAAGUGCUUUAAGCUGCCACUAAGUCGUUGGCCAGCAACUUUCAUUUGAUUUUCAGCUUCUUGCCGCAGCCCGUAGAAAGUUUUUCCCCCUUCGAGCGUCUUUUUGUCGUUGUGGGUGGAAAAAAACGGGUGGGCGGUAAACUUUGGGGCACGGGAAAAGUUUGCCAAGCACUGCAACAAUAACAAAUGCAGGCAAAGUUUAGAUAGAUUUCCAACCCUUCGCGACUGCACCUGCCUCUCACAGCAUGCAAUUAAAAUUAUGUGCCCCAAAUGCAAAAGAGUUGGCUGCCACAGCCUCGAAAUCAUUUCGUAAUGCACUAGAAUCCAGGCUUAAUGCCAGUUGGUAAUUUAAUCGGAAGGCGAAUUCAAUUUAAAGCAAAAGUUUCUGAAUAAAUGAAAUGAUGGCUGUCGGGGAGUAUCGAGUGAACUGGGACCAUUUUCCAAUCGCCACUUACAAUGACAGUUAUUUAAUCCUCUCCGGGACGUGGCUGCCGCUGCUUAUCCUUAUCCCUUUUUGCCUGAUUCCUGCUGACGAGUAUCAAGCGAUUUAAGCUGCACUCAAUCGAUUUUAUAACCCGGCCCUCACAUGCGAUGCAUUUUAAUUAAGAAGGAAGCCCCAGAGUCCUCCGGAGGCGGACCGUUACAUCCUCCAGCCUACACCUUUUUAUCAAGGUCCUGUCGCCUUGACAUGCCACGCCUCGAUGUCCUUCAGCCUCUUUCUCAGCCUCCUCAGCUCGCAGCUCCUUCUGCAGCUUGCAAUUUUAAACCCAAAUUGAAUUACUUCUCUAUAGCCGGCAUCGUUGGCGGUCUGUUGGGUGGGCCGUCUCCUUGAUUUUCCCCGGGGGAAAGGACUGCCUGACAACCCGCAUAUUUGAUGAGGCUUUAAGAAUGUCGCCUUUUCAGCCGGCAAGGAACAGGUAAAAUAGAAGGCAGGAAUGUCGAGCCGACGGUGUUAAUUGGUCUGGGGAACUCAAGGCAUUUCAGCCUCGUCUAAAUUGUGCUAGGUGGUCAAAGUAAAUAGUUGUGGUACUUAGACAAAUUCCUAAAAGUCCUGCCUUCUUUAAAUUUACCUUUUAACAGAGAAAAUAACUAACCAUUGAAUUAGAAUCAAAUACUCAUUAAAUAGUUAUAGCCUGAAAAGUAUUUGUUAGCUCUAAAACAACGUUAAAUAGAAAAAAAUUAAUAUCAGUUUAUAUUAUUAAUAGAUAAUAUAAUUGUCAUAAAUUAAUGGUUGUGCCAUCAAUUUUAUUUAAUUAUUUAAUGUGUCAAAUAAACAAAAUCAUGUACAUUGACAUUUAAGUUAUUUAUGAUUUUGAUUUAUGAACAUUUAUAUCAUUCCCAAUCUGCAUUCAACCGAGAAAAGUUCAAGAGGCAUAACUUUUUAAUUCGUGCAUUUUAUUCCGCAAAGAGCAAUUAGGCUAGCAUUCCAGAUAAUUCAUUUUAUUCAGCCAUAGAAACACAGCCGACCACAAGUGAGAAAAUCUAAUAAAAUGUUUUGAGUGGAAAAAUUUAAUAUAAAUGUGAAUUCUAUUUAAUUACGUCAAAACGAGGUGUUCAAGUGACGCUGAAUUUCACAAAUAAUUCAUUGGGCUUUUGAAACCUUACCCACAGCACCCAACCAUCGUUUUUUUGGCAUUUAAUUAAUUGACAAAUAUUUGGACAAAGGCAGCAACUGGCUGGACCAAGGCUGGCCGCAAAUUGAACAAUAACACAACGAGCACUUCAAACGAAAUUUAUUUGAUAAAAUAUUAUUUCUUCUCCCACCUCGGCAGCUUGAUUUUCCAAUUAAAGCACCAAUUCGGAAUGGCUGAAACUAAAAAAUCGGGCCAAAAUCAAACCAAGCCAAAAGCAAACCAGACCAAAAGCAAACGAGACCAUGCCUUACCGAAACGAACCCAAGCUCUGUCCAUCGGUUAACCGUGUUCUGUGCUCCUGACAGCUGCCGCCCGAGGGGCCAGGAUCAGGGAAAGUGUCCUGGUGGAGCUGCGAGGCAACAAUGCAGGCGUGAACAUAAAUUUCAAGCUCCAGUGAGCCACCCAGAGCCCUUCAGUUCAGAAUUCCACCCCUCUUUGGUCAGGGCUAAAAGUGCCAAAGUUUAUUAUUAAAUUAUGUUGGCAAAUAAAACUGUUGAACGUAAAAUCAAUUUCGGAACUUCUCUCUGCUCCUGACAAUGCCCACUGAGAAGUGUCCUUUGUUUCUGGGCCAAGUCCUCUCUCUUCAUUCUCUUAUUCUUCUUUUUGGCAUCCUGUGACCGACUGAACCCAACUAAUCAAAUUAGGCUUAAUUUAAAAAAAAAAAGAAAUCAACUCGCCCAAAAAACAAUUCUUCAUCCCGGGGGAACCCUUUUCGAUGCUGGUAAUCGAAUAUGCCCCACUCAUCAAUAUCGCUAACGGCUCUUCAACUCGCUGGUCGAGACCGCAAAUAGCCAUUGGAUGCCCGAAAAUCGAUUCUCGAUAUAUGGCGUGUUAUAUAUAGAGAGACCUCUCCACAUGCGAAUGGAUUUUUCGAGGACCUGAAAUAGCGCAAGUUCCGUUUAGCAGCUGAAAACUGAAAUACUCAUAUUGAAUAGGCAAAUUCCCAGGUCAGGGCGGCCAGCAAGGAGACAAGGAGCAAGAGAGAUGGGCAAUGGAGAGCGAAAGAGAGAGGCUGACAGCUUUCUUUAUAGAAUUACUUCUGGCGCAAUAACUUUUCCAACUGAACGAACCGUUGAUGGAGCACACUCGCUCUCUGCGACCGCUUUUCCACCCGGCUCUUCCUCCCGCUUUUCAUCCUCUUCCCAUGCCAUUCCAUUCAUUGAUUUGCCUUUUGCCAUGGCCAACUAGUGCAGGACACGGACAUGCGACGUGGCCCAGAGAGAGGAGCAGACAUGGGCCAUUUCCUCUUGGCUCAAUCCCCUUAACACUCCAGCGGCCGAGCGUCCACAAAUGAGCCCGGUAUAAAAAUAGUUUGCGGUGAACUCCAUUCUGUGCCUGGUUGGCCCUCCGUCCGUAAACACUUAAUAUUAUUUAUUAAACUGUGUGUUCCUCCCAAUUUGCCUAAAUCUCAAUUUUUAAUUUCCUUUCACAUUUCCCUUAACCCUCCGGCCGGUCCAGUGUCCGUAAAUAAUAGGCUGACAAUAUGGGUUUGUGGGAAAAUUAACUUUUAGCCUGGUCAGCUUUAUUAAAUUGAAGACAACAGCCAAUAAUAUAAACUAUGUGUGUGAGUUUGCUUUAAAUAACGGCCACAGUUUCAAUACUUUUUUGAUUGUUUGUUAAGCUCGAAAAUCCAAUCGCAAAAAGCCGUUUAUUUUCGCUUUAUUUUACCUUUAAUCUGAUAUUUGCAAAACAAAUUAGUUCACCAAUCCUCGAUGCUCUGUUUUAAUUAGUUGGCUUUAUGCAAUAGUUCUAUGCAAAUAAAAAUGAACUCUGCAUCCGUUAAAAUUUCAGUAUUUUCGAUUGCAUACAAAAAUCGUUUGCACAAACGAUGUAAAACUGUUUGCAAACGGUUCGUUAAAUGGUAAACUGGGCAUGUUACCUAUUCAAACAUGUAUAUAUUAUUUAAAACAUAUAAAUGCAUUUACAUAAACAUUUAUGGACAUUCAAAUAUUUGCUUGAAAAUAUGCACAACAUCUAUGAAAUCACAAUCUACAGGAAGUUGAGCAAUGCUGCCCCAAAAAUGAGCAUUCACAAAAAGUAUUAUAUUAAUAAUUAAUAUUUUACUUAGAAUUUCAAUUAGAAAUUGAAAAUAAAUUCCAUAGUAAAUUAAUCCAAAUAAAUUCUUCAUUUCAUAGAAACAAUUAUUUUCGAAUGAAUUUUGUCUUUUAAUACACGUGGAUUUUCCUUAGUGAUGUUUAUUAUUUCGAAUUAUUUUAAUAUAUUUCGAUAUUCUAAGAAGCCGAAGAAUUUCAACCUAAACCUAAUUCUCGAUUUCAGUAAUGACAAUUCUGUUCCCACGAAUUUCGCAGUUUAAUAUUGGUGCCAUUUUCAGAGAGAUUUUCUGUAAGAAUACCAAGGUGUUAAAAGUAAGUCACCUGAUCUGGACAAUAAUUCCUGUUUCUGUUGUCCUUGCUGCUUCCUUUGCUGUUCGAUGCGGGUGUUUCAGCUGCUCCUUUUCCCAUUGUUGCUAAGUGGCCAUGCGGCUAACCAAUCACUCGAGUGUCCUGUUCCCGGAACUCUUUGCUCCUGGUUCCUUUGGGGAAGUGAGUGAGGAUAAGACAACGGCCAAACAAAUGGCGGCAGGUCCGCAUCUGGCUGCUGGCCUCCUCCUCAAUUGGCCCAGAUCCUUGCACGAUGAUGUCGAUGCCGGCGGGCCACUCAGCAAUGAUUAAUUACACUUAAUUGUAAUUUAUGCGCCACUCGAGCAGCAGCUCUCAUUCUUCUCCAUUAGUCGAAGGAGGACUCAGUGUCGGGGAAUCCACUUUAUUGAAAUCUAGGCCUCUGGGCCCAUGCUCCUAUCCUGUCUACUGUCCCCAUCUGUCUCCAGCUGCCGGCAAAUGUCCCUUUUGUUUCGCUAAUUGGCCAUUAAGCUGCCAAGAUUUUUAAAGCGUUUAACGUUGACUCUCGUUUUCGUUUUCAUUAGCUCGGGCUUAGGAGCAAAGUCCGUUUGACUUUUGUGCCGUGGACGAAGGCCUCCUGCUGCUGGUCAGCAGAGUGGCCAUCAGUCCACAGCUCCAUCCAACAAUUCUCCAAUAAAUCAAGCCGUUUCCUUGACUUUUCUUGUGGCUGUUUGCCACCGAAAGCAUCGCUCAUUAAUCAGGACGACCUCGGUCAAUGGGUAAUGUUCAUUUGAUGGCAGCUUGUUGCAGCUCAAAUAUAUCGGAGUUCAUUUCUUUUUCGUGAUGAUGCGGACAAAACAAUUUGUUUUUCUCUAGCCAAGGUAGAAGGUUUCUGGCAAGAAGAUACAUAGGAAACUGGUGAAGGUAUUUUCUGUGGCGAACUUGUAAUGUAAUUCAUAUUAAAUAAGGCAGGUGAUGCAACUUUUGACAUUAACUGUAACAAAAAUAAGACCUUUAUUUUUCAAUUAAAUACAUAAAUAAUACUUUUAAAAUCAAUGCAAUUCUUGGAUCCUUUGACCAGCAAAUAAAUCAAACUCUUCUUUUCAUGAUAUCGAAAGUAUUAUUAAAUUAUUUACCGCCGAGCAAAAACUAAAAUGAAACUUUAUGAACUCGACCCCACAAUGUCUGUCCCCGAAUCAAUAAUCAUUAUCGAAAAGUUUUCUUUGCCAGCUUUCAUCGAACCGUGUCCUUUUCAAUUCUGUAGCCUAAGAUCUUAGAUCACAUCGAUGCAACUGUGAAGUGGCCGAAACUGCCAACGAAGUUCUCUGGAGUUUUUCGUGGAAAUUCAGCACUCGACUGUAAUUUGAGCAGUUUUCCCGGGCAUAAAAAUUACGGGGCCCUGUGCUUUUUACGAGCUGCGUCAGCGGCGAACUGCUGACAUAGAUUCCGUUCAAAUAUUUCGCACUACUUUUCAUUUUACGAUGGCACGCAAUGAAAAGUGAAAAGCUGAAAGCCUUUUCUUCCCGCCCUCUUUAGCGCUCGUCUUUUGUUUGCUUAAUAUUUGCGCCGCCCUGUUUUGCUGGCACUUUUUUUGUGUUUUCCUCCUGAUUCUGUUGUUGCAGCGAAAAUAAAAGCGGAGCAGUGCAAACAAUGCUCCAGAGUGAUUGCCGUGAAACAUGCUGCGAUUUUCCCCGACCGACACGCCCACCAGUUGCCAACCCGCCCAUCCAUCAGGCCAUCCAACCAUCCAUCCAUCCGUGUGUAGUUGCAGGCAUUUUCAACACUUUUGUUUGCAUGCUUAAAUAAAUUCUGGAAAAGUGGUAAAAAAUUCGCAUGAAUAAACUGCGAAAAUCAAAGAAGAAAACGAAUGUAUUUGGUAUUUAAGCAACCGCAGAUGGACGCCAUCGAAAGUUGUUUCGCAACAGCUUUUGUGAAUUUAAAUCAAAUGUUUCGAGUGCUCACUUCACUGUAGUUCGGCGAGGCAAUCGAAAAUUGCAAUAAGGAUAAGUGUCCCGGCCAGGAGUGGCAUCAACAAAUUAUCUAAUCGACCUUUUUUGCCACACGUUGAACCCUUCACCUCCCACUUUGUCCUUUUUAUCCUGGUCAGCAAAGUGAAUUGCAGUCACUUGGUCCUCCGAUUCCAUUGCAACUGACAGCUGGCUUUGCAGCAUUAAGUGCUGAAACUACUGAGUCUGGGGAAUUUGCCACUUCCGAGGAAUCCAGCAUUGACGGCUUACAACAUCUCUAUUUUCGGUGGGAAUAUAACUUUGCCUCUGGCACGACAGAGAUAACACUGCCAAAUGUCUAAAAACGCCUCGACAUGUUCGAAUAUUAAAACCGAGCACUGGAGAAAAAGGACAGCUUGAAUCUAAAGGCAACAUAUUGCACCGGUAGAAGCAAUACAUUAGUCUUAAUUUAUGUUAAUUUGAAAUAAAUGGUAGUAAUUUAUAUACAUUUUUAUUUUGUUGUGCUAAAUAUCAUGUUAUCCUAAACACGACGAACUUUUAUCCCAGGAUAAUAAAGGGUUUUCAUAGGGAAUUGACCUAGAAACUAACUAAUUGGGCAAGAGUUUUCUUAAAUAAAACUGUGUUUAUCAUCGCAGAGUUAUAGCGAUUGCUAUUUUUUUAGUGCCCAGAAGAGUGGCAGUGCUGAUGCUGCGUCAUAGUUUAAUGGCCCCACAAUUGGCACAGAAGUUGACACAUUCUCUCAACUGAGCUGCACUGAGCCGCCCUGAGCUGCGUCGAGUUGGGUGGUUGUUUGGUUGGUCGGUUGGGGUAGGUCGGUCGGAAAUAACGGGGCAUUAGUGGCUAUAUCCCGUCCCUCAGGGAACGUCGGCUGAGCUGCAUUUUCGCAUCAAAUGUCGGGCAAAACUGCAGUUUUAUGACAAGUUGUGCCGUGUGGAAAUCGUGGGAGGAUAGGCCAACUACCCGCAGUUGAACCACCCGCGUUCUGUGGCGGUUUCAACCACAGUUUAGCGUCUCUCUCGAACAUAUCAGAAAAGUUCUGAAUUAUUAAUUACUAAAUGUCGAGGGCUAUUUGCCCCGAACAUCAACUACAUAUCACGAACACACACACAAAAAACACACACACAUACUCAGCCAUGGGAAUUCUGUACCUUUACUUUACUCUUUUGUACCUUAAGGUGAUUGCGUUGUGUAAACUGUACCCUAGAAAAGGAAAAGUUAGUGACUAAGGACGAGUAAUCUCGAAUUGAAAUUAUGUAAAUAAACAGCAAAUAUAUCUAUACUGUACUACCACCUAAGCUACAUGAAGUUUAAGCGGAAACGGAAACAGAAACUACCAAGUUUUUAGACGUAAGCCAAAUGGCAAAGUCAUGUAUCGACGUCACACUCUAUGUAAGGCUCUUUUGUACCUCUUGCUCUCCCACUUUCGAAUUUACUAAGGAACCCUUGAAAGCGCUAAGUGAAACUUAAACGUUUGUCUAGCUCUAAGUAAAUUAAAUUUAAUUAAAUAUAAUAAAGCUAAAAAUAAAAAUAAAGUACAGGCGCAAUGCAUGGAUAGCGAAACGAAGUGGUCAAUGGAUCAUUAGCCACAAUUCAACAAUUAUGCUGAAAGCAUUUAAUAGUCUAAACAUGAGCAACAUAAUCCGCAUAGAGGCAAAUUAACGUGUAAAUUAUUGAAUCUCAAACAGCAUACAUAAGUCAAGCAAAUCCGUAGUGGAAAAAUAUAGUUCAUUGUUGCUGUCUAUUACGCCUAGAGAAUGGAUAAAUAAACUAUGAAACUAUGCAUUAACACAAUAUCAGUACUAGUUAAAUGUGUGUGCGUUUGUCAUUGCAUAUGUAGCCGAGAGUCGCCCUAUUAAAGGUUUAGCUGUAAUUGUAUUUUUGUGUAUAUCUGUAUAUGUCUCUGUAUAUGCUUAGAUCAAUAAUCCCACAUCACCUCUGACCUUAAGUUCAUAUCCCACUUUCCCUGUUCUCCCAGCAUAGUUUCCCUAUUCUGUAUAAAUUGAAAAUCUCUCAACUAAGUUUACUCAAAAAGAAAACUACUAAAGCAAAGUGAGAAAUACUUAAAUAAAUACUGAAGCAUAUUGAUAAGCAGAA